UUGUGUCAUACCUAUAGUUUGUACAGUGUGUGUAGUGUGUGUGUGUGUGUGUGUGUGUGUGCGUGCGUGCGUGCGUGUGUUCGUGGCAAUUGAAUGGUUUCCAGUGCUGACAGCUGCAUUAUUCCCGGUGAGGACAUUGUCCCCUGGGGACACUUCAAGUAGAAAGGUGGGUCUCUUCUCCUGCGCCCUCAUGACCCGCGUCUUCGUCUACGGCACCCUGAAGAAAGGGCAGCCCAACUACCACCGCAUGUUCGACGCCGCCAACGGCAAAACCGAGUUCCUCGCCUCGGCCCUCACCGCCGAGAGGUACCCGCUCGUCAUCGCCGGCAAGCACAACGUCCCUUUCCUCCUCAACCUGCCCGGCCGUGGUCACCGGGUCCACGGGGAGAUCUACGAGGUGGACGACAAGAUGCUGCGGUUCCUGGACGACUUCGAGUCCGUCCCCUCCAUGUACCAGCGCACUCUGGUCCAGGUGGAGGUGAAGGCGUGGGCGAGGCGGGCGGAGGGGGCGGAGGUGGCGCCGGGCAGCAUUGCCGAGGUGGGGAUGUACAGCACCACCUCGUAUCAGCCGGACUGGCUCUCGCUGCCCACCUACGACAGCUACGACUCGCUCGGUGAUCACGGGCUGGAGUACGCGAGCCGAGAAGAUCGAGACUGAAGGAGAGGAGCAUCAGCUGGACAGAGAUGUCUUUAUUUUUUAUGAUCCAACUAGAAAAUUUAGAUUUUAACUCCUACUAGAUGUUCUCUAUCUGGAACAACACACUUGAUGUAGAUUUAUCCUAUCAUAAACUGCAGCUUUCUACUGGAAUCAGCUCAUAUUAAAUACUUGAAACUGUUUAAA